AUGCCACCCAAGGAUGACAAGAAGAAGAAGGAUGCCAGAAAGUUGGCCAAAAAAGACAAAGACACAGUAACUAAGUCUGGUGGCAAAGCCAAAAAGAAGUGGUCCAAAGGUAAAGUUCAGGACAAGCUCAACAACCUAGUCCUGGUUGACAAACUCUGUAAGGAAGUUCCCAGCUAUGAGCUCACUGCUCCAGCUGCGGUCUCUGAGAGACUGAAGAUGCCUGGUUCCUUGGCCAGGGCAGCCCUUCAGGAAUUACUUAGUAAAGGACUUACCAAGCUGGUUUCAAAGCACAGAGCCCAGGCAAUUUACACCAGAAACAAAGGGUAG